CAGACGUCCACGCACUGUCAACAGCGCAGAGCGAGUGUGCAGACAGGAACCAGCACUCUGAGCGAGGACUCCAGCUUCAAACACCUGCUUGUCAACAUGAGCACCGACAGUGUCGUCAUCGUUUCUGCCGCCCGGACGCCGAUUGGGUCCUUGAACGGUGCUUUGUCUACGGUGCCUCUACAUGACCUGUGUUCAGCAGUGAUCAAGGAUGUCCUGAAGCGGGCUGGGGUGAAACCAGAUGAGGUUUCUGAGGUUAUCAUGGGACAUGUCCUAACAGCAGGUCAUGGGCAGAAUCCAACACGUAAAGCCAGUGUUGGAGCAGGUAUCCCCUACCCUGUCCCGGCCUGGAGCUGCCAGAUGGUGUGUGGCUCUGGGCUAAAGGCUGUGUGCCUGGGAGCUCAGUCCAUCCUGACUGGAGAGUCCACUGUGGUGGUGGCAGGAGGCAUGGAGAGCAUGAGCAGGGCUCCUCAUACAGUGCAUAUGAGAGCAGGAGUGAAGAUGGGCGAUGCCUCCCUGCAGGAUUCCAUGGUGGCAGACGGCCUGACGGACAUCUUCCACUGCUACCACAUGGGAAUCACGGCUGAGAAUGUUGCAAAGCAGUGGGGUGUCAGUCGGGAGGAACAGGACAGGUUUGCUGUCAAGUCUCAGAGCAGAACAGAAGCUGCACAGAAGGCGAGGUACUUUGAUCAGGAGAUUGUCCCCAUCAUGGUGCCAUCCAGAAAAGGUCCAGUGGAGGUGAAGGUUGAUGAGUUUCCUCGGCAUGGUAGCAACAUGGACAGCAUGUCAAAACUCAAACCCUGCUUCGUCAAGGACAGCAGCGGCACUGUCACCGCAGGAAAUGCUUCAGGUAUAAAUGAUGGAGCAGCAGCAACUGUCCUGAUGAGCCAAUCAGAGGCUGCGCGGCGUGGCAUAAAACCAAUGGCCAGAAUUGUAUCCUGGGCUCAAGCUGGUCUCGACCCUUCUAUCAUGGGAACGGGACCAAUACCAGCCAUUAGGAAAGCGGUUGAGAAAGCAGGCUGGCAGCUGGACCAGGUCGACUUAUUUGAGAUCAAUGAAGCAUUUGCUGCACAGUCAGUUGCUGUGGUCAAAGAGCUUGGCCUGAAUGAAGAAAAGGUAAAUGUGAGCGGUGGUGCCAUUUCUCUGGGCCAUCCUAUUGGCAUGUCUGGCUGCAGAGUGCUGGUGACCUUGCUGCAUGCUCUCCAGAGGACCGGAGGGCGUAAGGGAAUCGCAUCUCUCUGCAUUGGUGGAGGAAUGGGUAUCGCCAUGUGUGUAGAAAGAGUCUGAGACAUGUACCUCUGUGCUGUUUAAUAUAUUGCACUUGAUCUCAUCUUAUUUUUUUUAAUGGCUACUGAAAAUCAUUGUUUAUACAACAGGGUUAAUACGCAAUAGAAAGUUUACUUAUCAUCUUUACAUCACAACACUUGAGGCAAAACUGAGUGUGUGCUGUAAUUUUCACUGUGAUCUUCAUUUUAAACUCAACUGUCCUCAGGUUUUAGCUUUUGAAUUUUGUGAAUUAAUGAUAGAAGUCUUGUCAGUACAAAUAUGUAACUCUAGCAUAUACUGAUGGCUAAUGUGUAAUACCAGUAGCAGCUUAAAUAUAACAAUGCUGGUAAUAUGACAGAGCCCAUAUUACAUUCAAUAGUUGUCAAGCAGACAACUAAUACUGUUCCAUUUAAAAACCAGCUGCUAUCAGUUACUUAUACAGGCAAAUAAGGUUUAACACUAACUCUGUAAAAGAUAGUUUUUAGUACCAAGUAUGGACAAACAUGUUACUGUCUCUGAAGAAUGUAAUUUAUUCCUAAUCUUAUAGGAUUUUAAAUACGCUUGCUCUAAAAACCUGAACAUUCCAGUAUCUUCCCAUGUGGAAUUAAAGGGACCUUCUCAAAUUGCGUAGGCAUUAGCCUUCAAACAGAAAAGUGCCAUAAGUAUGCUUGCCUUCUUAAACCUCAUGCUUCCUGUACUUGGGCAUGUCUGCAGAUAUUUUUCCUGUAAUCUGAGAAAUUAAAGAUUUAUAAACUUGAA